GAACCGUUGAUCUGAAAACGGCCGACAAGGACAUCAGCACCAGCCACCACUAUAGAAUAACGCCUUGGAAUCCAGGUACCUCUGCCAACCGAAGAUUCCGAAGAAAGGAAAAGCUGCUCAUAUUCCUCCUAUCCUCUAUUCAUCCCAGCCUUUUUCAACGAAGAAAAGCCGUGGAUAGAAAUGGCGGGAGCUGAUGCUAGCGCCGCCAUGGUCUCCGUCGACGACGCACUCCAGAAGGUCCUGACGGCCUGCCGACGCCUCCACCCGGUUUCCGUACAGCUCGAGGAUGCCGUCGGAAUGGUGCUGGCCGAGGACGUCCUCGCUCGGGAUCCUUUACCUCCUUAUCGAGCAUCCAUCAAGGAUGGUUAUGCUGUAGUUGCUUCGGAUGGUCCUGGUGAAUAUUCUGUAAUUACUGAAUCAAGAGCUGGAAAUGAUGGAGUUGGUGUCACGGUUACUCCUGGAACUGUUGCAUAUGUGACCACUGGAGGACCGAUACCUGAAGGACCGAUACCUGAAGGUGCUGAUGCUGUUGUGCAAGUUGAAGAUGUUGAACAAGAAAAAGAGACCUUAGAUGGAUUAAAGCGGGUCAAAAUAUUGGUGGGAGCCAGUCAAGGCCUUGAUAUUCGUCCAGUGGGAUGUGACAUCGAGAAAGGCGCCACUGUAAUGAAGUCAGGCGAACUAGUGGGCAUUUCUGAAAUUGGCCUACUUGCAUCCGUGGGAGUGAUGAUGGUGAAGGUGUACCCCAGGCCGAUGGUUGCAGUCCUUUCUACAGGGGAUGAGCUCGUAGAGCCAACAACUCAGAAUCUAAGCCGUGGACAGAUCCGAGAUUCCAACCGUGCCAUGGUGCUAGCUGCUGCUGUACAGCAGCAAUGUAAAAUAGUUGAUCUGGGUAUUGCUCAUGAUAAUGAAGAAGAACUUGAGAAGGUCCUGGACAGAGCCAUUUCUGCUGGAGUUGAUGUACUCAUAACUUCUGGAGGUGUUUCGAUGGGGGAUAGGGAUUUUGUCAAGCCUUUGCUAGAGAGAAGAGGGACCAUCCAUUUCAACAGGAUUCUCAUGAAACCUGGAAAGCCGUUGACAUUUGCAGAGAUUAAAUCAACAGAUGAAAAAGCAGCCAAGAAUAUCCUUGCAUUUGGUUUGCCUGGAAAUCCUGUGAGCUGUUUGGUCUGUUUCCAUGUUUUUGCUGUCCCUGCCAUUCGCCGUCUUGCCGGUUGGGAAAAUCCUCAUCUCCAGAGAGUUCUCGCUCGCAUUAAGCAGCCUAUAAAGACUGAUUCCAUUCGACCAGAAUUUCACCGUGCUAUAAUUAGAUGGGAGCUCAGUGAUGGAUCUGGGAAUCCAGGUUUUGUUGCUGAGAGCACUGGUCAUCAGAUGAGCAGCCGACUACUAAGUAUGAAGUCUGCAAAUGCAUUAUUAGAGUUGCCAGCAACAGGAAUGGUACUUUCUGCUGGAACUUCUGUGCAGGCGAUACUUAUUUCAGAUAUAAGCAACUUCCCCAUGAGUAAAAUGCCAGAUAGCUUGACUUCGUCGUCGCUUGAUUCAAGUUCUGUGAUUAGAAGCAGCAUGAUACACUCACAAACUGUGGCUGAAUCUCAAGAUGCAAAUGUUAAAGUCGCUAUUCUUACCGUGAGCGAUACCGUUGCAUUAGGGACUGGGCCUGAUCGGAGUGGCCCAAGGGCUGUCUCUGUUGUAAAUUCUUCAUCAGAAGGUUUAGGUGGAGCAAGGGUGGUUGCAACUUCUGUAGUUCCAGAUGAAGUGGGCAAAAUUCAAGACAUUCUGCGGAGAUGGAGUGAUAUCGACAAAGUCGACCUCAUCUUAACUUUAGGUGGCACUGGAUUUACACCCAGAGAUGUCACCCCUGAAGCAACCAAAGCUUUAAUACAGAAAGAAACGCCUGGUCUUUUGUAUGUGAUGCUGCAAGAGAGUCUUAAGGUGACACCAUUUGCCAUGCUUUCACGUGCUGCAGCUGGAAUAAGAGGAUCAACACUGAUCAUCAACAUGCCUGGGAAUCCGAAUGCAGUUGCUGAGUGCCUGCAAGCUCUGAUGCCUGCCCUUAAGCAUGCUUUCCGGCAGAUUAAGGGAGACAAGAGAGAGAAGCAUCCGCGUCAUGUCCCACAUUCAGCAGCGGCGCCAGCUGAUGUGUGGGAACAAAGCUAUAAGUUGGCUUCUACUGUGUCACAAUCUUCCAACUGUUCUUGUUCUCACUGAAAUGUGGCCCAUCUCAUGGAAAGCUUGGAUGUUGUAAACGUGUGCCAAAUUAUCAUGUGGAGUGGUGUGUACAUGAGCAGUGCUAGGGUCUUGCAAGAUCGAAGUUGUUCAGCAGGGAUCUUGUAGCUGCAAAUAAGGCCAAGUAUCGAAGGUCUGGGGUCCUUUGUUACACUUACAUGUGUAUAGGAAGAGUUAGUUUUCUUUGAAUUUGAGUUAGCUUUCCUUUGAAUUUGAUUAGUUAGUAUUUUUCUUUCUU